AUGGUCCGAAGCGUUGAGGGUGACUCACAGUCUUGGCAAGGAAACGAUACCGCUCCUCCCACUAUCGAUCAUGGUCUAGAUGUUAACUCAUUUCCCCAUAUUGGGGUGGACGACGACCUAACUCAAGUCGAGAGCUCAGUUUUGCUUACGGAAGCGUACGGGGAUAAUACCGUCUCUGCGCUGGCUGAGCUAGAUGAUCUACUGGUGCAACGCAAGAAUUUCCACAGCGAACAUGACAAGGACCAGGCUUGGACAGCAGCUGCGGCUAAAGCGAAGACAUACGGCGACGACAUGAUAAAACGGUGGAACUCGGAAAUUGAUUUCUAUCUCCUCUUCGCUGCCUUGUUUUCGGCCAUCCUGACGGCAUUCAACGUUCAAUCGUACCAAUUGCUCCAGCCAACGCCCGGUCCAGAUCCCACAACCGUGGUGCUGCAGCAAAUAGCCCAGCAACUCAGCAGCUUCUCGAUCAACCCCCCGUUCCUAAACUCCACACAUUCGUUCAAUCUUCCGAUACGUGCUCAGGCUGGAGACUCUAUGCCUCCGGUGCCGCGAUCAGCCAUUUGGCUGAAUAUCUUGUGGUUCUCUAGUCUCAUACUUAGUCUCGCCUCAUCUGUCAUCGGAAUUCUGGUGAAACAGUGGCUGAACGAGUAUAGCUGGUCAUCAGGAAGCUCCCGCGAGGCCGCGCGGCUACGACAAUAUCGCCUCGAUAACCUGUUGAAGUGGCACGUGGGGGGAUUCAUCGUCGCUAUCCCUGUGCUGCUGCUGCUGUCCCUUGGCCUGUUUCUCGCUGGACUUCUCCUCCUUCUGUGGACUCUCCAUCCCGCGGUGGCGCUCGUCGCAUCGGUCCUCGUUGGUUGCGUCGCUGUGAUCACGGCGACGGUCACCGUCCUGCCUCUCUUCGACGAUAGCUGUGCCUACCUCUCGCCGCAAACGCUUGCGCUCUUCUCCGCCUGCAGUCAUUUCCGUCAUCGGAUUCUCACGCCGAUAGGCAACCUGUUCCUAAAGGCUGCGAACGUGGUCUGGCCCUGGUUCCAACUCCGGACCCCUGGCUCCUCUACGAUCCAAUACACAUCCUCCGCCGAUAAAUCCAAUUCUAACCGCGCCCGUCAAGCACACAGCGUCUUGACGUGGCGCGAACGCGAGCAGUUCGCUAUCCACGAGUCCGGUAAUCUUCUAGACGUCAAGGUCCUCACUAUGGCCUACGAGACCACACUGGAUACCGACGCAAUAUCUACCGCCACCAUAUGUCUUCCGGAUCUCCCCUCUCACUACGUCCUCGACUACUUCGUCAACCUCCACGAGUCCAUCACGCGUCACGUCGGCAGCACCGAAGACAAGCACCGCCAUCCUCACGACGAGACGCUGGUGUAUCACGCUCUCCUUUGUGCACUGUACCUGCACGCCGCUGGGGGUGACCUGUAUCAGGAGCUCUGCGACCGCUCGUGGUCGGAUGGUCUUCGCUAUCUCCCCCCUCCUCAGCAUUAUGCUCCAAGCCGUGCGCAGGGUGGCGCUGAAGUCGAGUGGCUGCACUCCGCGGCAUCCUGGCUGGAACGGUGGAUACAAAAUACCACUGAUCCGAUAUGGGACCUUGAAGACUCUAAGUCCCUGAUUCGACUGGAGUCGCAUUGCCAAGCACUCUCGUCUGAGAGGCAGAUAGCUAGACUACCUCUUCGCCAAGCCCACGCCCAACCGGGGAAUCACGCGCCCAUCGAGCAAAUCCUCUUCGACUCCCUGUAUCAAGAAACACGAAGGCUCUCCGAUUCCGUCACCAAAACGCCGAACGCACACGCCGGAGCCCCCGGCAACCCGGACGCGCAGUUCAAAUACCUCCUCAGCGUGCGCGAGUACCUCCGGUACGCAGCCGGCGCACUAACCGCAAACGCCUCCGACUCGGACAACAAGGACCACCACAUCAUCCGCGGGCGCACCCACGACGUCCUCUCCACCCUCGCGUCCAUCCUGCGCGAUUACAGUGGGGCGCCAAGCGGCUUCUACAUCGCGAGCUCCGCGAAGUACCGCCACUUCGUGCACGACAUCGUCAACACGCUCAAUCACAGCCAUCUGAUCUUCGUGCCCAUUUUCCCGGAGAAGCUGGUCAACUGGGUUAAGCGGUGCAGCGACACGGUGUUAAAGCCGGCGCGAGCGCGGUCUGAAGAGCCGGAACUCACGGGCAAUUAUGGCGUCAACGUCUAUUCCUCAGAAGAUACCCUGGAGUCCCUUGCCAGCCUCGAAAAGGCUCUGCGCACACUUGAGGAUCACUGUGUGGCUUGGAAGAGGAUGGAAGACCUUGCCUGGCGCAACACUGGAUUCCAAUCAAAGGAAGUGCAAACCGACCCGGUCGUCGAUGAAACCGUUUUCGAGGUCACUCCACUCAAUACUUGA